CUCCUCUGUCUCCUCGCCGGCGCCGAAGCAGCCCAUCACAACCAUCAUGCACACGACCGCAUCCACAGCGACGGCAAGGUGAAGGAGUCGCUUGUCAAGAAGUCCGGAAAAUGCAAAUUUCCCUCCGACGCCGGGUUGGUCGCCGUCACACCGGGCGCUGUCAAUGAGGGCUGGGCUAUGAGUCCGGAUGAGUCGUGUACUCCGGGCAAUUACUGCCCGUACGCUUGUCCUCCGGGUCAGAUGUCUAUGCAAUGGGACCCUAAGGCCACCUCGUACUCUUAUCCGAUGUCGAUGAAUGGCGGUCUCUAUUGCGAUGAGGACGGAGAGAUCCAGAAGCCAUUCCCUGACAGGCCUUACUGUCAAGACGGAACUGGUGCCGUGAGUGUCCAAAACAAGUGCAGAUCGCCAGUCUCCUUCUGCCAAACAGUGCUUCCCGGAAAUGAGGCCAUGUUGAUCCCGACCUUGGUCAACGAGUUGGCCACUCUUGCUGUCCCAGACCCCGACUACUGGUGUGAAACCUCUGCUCACUUCUAUAUCAACCCACCAGGCGUGCAAUCCGAAAUCGCUUGUUCCUGGGGCACUUCAUCCAACCCAUACGGCAACUGGUCUCCUUACGUGGUUGGCGCCAACACCGACAAAGACGAUCGUACCUUUGUCAAGCUUGGCUGGAACCCAAUCUACCUCGAGCCCGCUACACCUUUCCGUGACAUCGUCCCUGACUUCGGUGCUGAGAUUCAAUGUGAAGGCGACAACUGUGAAGGACUUCCCUGCAAGAUCGACCCGAGCAGCAACGGCGUUAAUGAAAUCACCGGUGAAACUACCACGGAUGGUGCCGGAGGUGGCUCCUUCUGUGUGGUGACCGUUCCCAAGGGCGAAAAGGCCAACAUUGUCGUUUGGGAGAAGGAUUUCAUUGGCGAUGACGAUGAUACCUCGUCGUCCACCACGGUGGCUAUUCCGACAAGCACU